AGGUGUCAUGCAAAAACAACAACAACAAAAAAAAGGCAGCCCCCCCCCCCAUACUUUUAGAUAAGUUUAAUCAAAAAAGAAAUUACUUUCUUUCCUGAAAGUUAUUUUUAAUAGGACUAGAUCUAGCUUUUAUUUAUGUUGUGUUAAUAUUUUAAGUUUUGUCUGAUCACAUUGGUGGUAAAAUGUGCAUAAGAGCACAUGUGUGGAGAGGAUAUGAAAGUAGAGAAAAGGAUACAGAACAAAAUAAGGAAAUUAUGGGAUUAAAGGAUUUUCACAUUGGAUUUGCACUGAAUUGUUUAAAUAUCAGACUGAGCACAAUAUUGUUGAUUAAAAGCAACAUAAAUUGAAUUUUUCUGUGAGCAUUUAAUAACCUUAGUAUCCUUGCAACUGCUAUUUAUCCUUUCCCAUUCCUCCUCCUGGGUUCAAUCCUUAAAUCACUACACUAAUCCUCAUGACUGUAUUUUUAACUCUGUUGAGGAUAGAAAGAACAGCAAUGGGAUUAUGGCAUCAGUGAGGUGGGGCAAAUCCCAACUCUUGAUCUUCAGUUGAGCCGAAACAAAUACAGUUGCUUUUUCCUUUCUGUCUUUUUAGCUACAUUGCAAACUCUAAAAAGCUAGAAGCAGUGGAAUAUGGAAGUUUCAAACAAACGCGCAUUUUAAAGGAAAGUGGGACGUGUUGGAAUGUAGAAUCUGCCUUUUUCUGUUUUUAUUUCUAAAAAUAAGUUACAUUUACAUUUGUUACAUUUAUUUCUACAUCUAUCAGUUCUAUAUUUUUUUUACACAUUCGUCAUCAUUUAAGUUACCAAAAUGGAUCAACCAAGAAGAAUCAAGAAUCUUAAAAUACUGAAAAAGAGACGUUCAAGUCUAUUUGCAAGUGUCAAACUUAAUGCCAGCUUUUCGCAGAGUAUCGAGGAAGAAGACAGUGCCUUUCCUUUUUCACAAGACAGCUCUGUGAAACCUUGGACGUCGAUGGACAACCUUGAUACUCCAUCACCUCAGGCAAGUGACAAAAGAGAUCAAGAAAAGAGGAAAAGCAGUGAGACAGAAGCGGCAAAGAUGCCACACCGCCAUUCAGCUGUGAUCAAUGUAAAUAUUGGUGGGAAAGUCUUUACCAUUCCAAAGCACCAGGCUAUCAAACACCCUAAAACCAGAAUAGGCCGCUUAGUCCUGUGUAAAGAUCCCGUCAAGCAGCUAACACUCUGCGAUGACUAUUGUGUGCUCACUAACGAGUUUUUCUUCGACCGAGAUCCUACUUUCUUCCACUACAUCUUCCACUUUUAUUGUAGCAAUGUGUUAUGGGUAAUGGAGAGUCUUUGCCCCAUCAAUUUUGAGGAGGAAAUGCGGUUUUGGGGCCUGCACUUGAGGGACAGUCCCCGCUGUUGCCGCAUUCUCUACGAGGAGAAAGUCGACGAGAUAAGAGACCAGCUGAAAGUGAACAGGGAGCUCAUGGCAGAAAUUGAGCCUCAGCACAGUGAGGAGGGUUUCAAGUCAAUGUUUUUGGGUGGUGUUCGUAAGAUGCUGUGGGACCUAAUGGAGAACCCAUACUCCUCGAUAACUGCCAAGGCUUUUGCUGUGUUCUCCAGCCUCUUUGUGCUCAUCUCCAUCGUAGCGAUGACUCUAAAUACUGUCAGCGAACUGAAAGAUUAUAAGAUCUAUGGAAGAACCUACAUGGAGUGUGUGGAGAUCACCUCAAUUCUGUUCUUCACCUUCGAGUACUUCCUUCGCCUGCUGACAACUUGUGACGUCAAGCAUUUUUUGAAGAGUGCACUUAAUUUUGUAGACUUAGUGGCUGUCAUGCCUUACUUUAUCCAGCUGGUAUUUGAGGCUUUUGCUAACCAGGAAGAUCUCAGCGUUCAAGAUGACCUGAAAACCAUGGCGAGGGUUAGCAAAGUUAGCAAAGUGCUUAAAGUUGUGAAACUCAUGCGCAUCUUUCGCAUUCUGAAACUGGCGAGGCACUCGACAGGGAUGCGGGCAUUUGGCUUCACUCUCCGCCAGUGUUUUGAACAGGUCUGCUGUCUGUUUCUGUUCAUUAUCAUGGGGAUCUUCACCUUCUCUGCCCUAAUGCAUUCAGUGGAGCAGGAUGCUGUAGGAACACCUUUUAGCAGUAUACCAGAUGCCUGGUGGUGGGCAGCGGUGAGCAUCUCUACGGUGGGCUAUGGAGAUGUGGUGCCCAUAUCGUACUCCGGUCGAGUGGUGGCCUUCGGGUGCAUAUCUUUUGGCAUUAUUUUGAAUGGAAUGCCAAUCUCCAUUUUAUUUAACAAAUUUUCUGACUAUUACGCCAAGUUGAAGGCUCAGGAGUGCACUAAUACAAAAGUCCUGCGUGGAUUGAACCUCAAGAAAAGAUUUCAAAAGAAAUUUGAGAACUGCUUCGAGCCUCAAGCUGAGGAGACUGAUGAGGACAGUGGACAUCCCACUGGCCAGUGUCAUCACUGAAUGUCCUUGUCAUCCACCCUGCCUUCACUGCCCUUGAACAGACAGCUCAGGUUCCCAGCCUGCCUUGAAUUUAACAGGGAUUUAAAAGAUGGGUGAACGCCAGGUUAAAGAAAAUUAAGCCAUUAGCUUUAAGAUGGCUUACAAAUGGGAUGUCGCUGAGGAUCUUGAGGUGAACUUGUGCUAGUUUUUUUUUAGCAGUUGCCUAUCUAUUCAGUUAUCAAGUAAUUUCAGACAUCAAGUGGAUGACCAUAAAAUGUUAUUACAGACUGCAAACUAUUAUUUGUAUCAAUCUGUGUUAAAAAGAUUUAAAGAAAUAGUUCACUUCAAAAUGAAAAUUGUCAUCAUUUACUCACCCUCAAGUUGUUUCAAACCUGUAUGAAUUUCUGUCUUCUGCUGAACACAAAGGAAUAUAUUUUGUAAAAUGUUGGUAACCAGGCAUUGAAGUACCCCACAGACAUCCAUAGUAUUUUUUUUUCUUCCUAUGGACGUCAAUGGGGUGAAUUAACUGUCUGGUUAACGACAUUCUUCAAAAUAUCUUCCUUUGUGUUCAACAGAAAAAAAGAAAGGAAGUGGAAAGCACUGUACAUAUAAAUACAGACAAAAAUCCUGACAUUCUGCAUAUUUUUCUUCCUCAAUUAAAACAAGGGAUUUUAGAGGAUCAAGUGAGACUUAUGUGGCCUUCAGACACCUUUGGUAUAUUUAGAGUGUUGCUUUCACAGUAAGAAUGGUGUUUCUGUAUAGGUGAGGUGCAUAUGGAUACCAUGACAUUUCUCAACAAAAUUAUGCUAUGAAAAUUGUAUUGGUAUAUUCUCCAGUAAGCACUUUUUCACCCUUUUAGAUUAGCCCGCUGCCCAAUGCUCAUUUGAACUGUUUUUGGAAGGUCUGAAGGGUGAUUUCCUGUUUUGUUUAAUUAUUUUUAAUGAUGGUUGUUUAUAAGACUGUGUCUAGAGCCAUAUGAUUCCAAGAAUUAAUCGUAUAUGCCCCCCCCUCCCCCAUAUAUUCUAAUAUCCAUCAUAUUAUCAUCGUCAUGCAUGUCAAACUUAUUUUAAAAAAUUUCAAAACUUUUACAUUAUAUGAUUCACCUUUGCUCUGCAUUUAAUAACAUACCCCAGCAACUUAUAUUAAAAAACGAAUAAUGCAAACGGUUUCUUUAAGAGAGAACUAGUUCACUGUAUGUAUGUCGCCACAUAAAUAAUUUAAUAAUCAUUAAUACAAUCUUUAGGCUCCCUAGCUGAUGCAAAAAGAGACCAAUAGACCUAACAUUUUUUGUAUUUAGCUCUUGCAGAAUGCAAAUCUCAGAGCUGUUGCUUUCCUUUGUCUUAUUGUAAAAGGCUUUGUUUGUAUUGUUUUCAGAGUUUUUCCAUUAACAUCUUCAUUUUUUGUCGUCUCUGAAAACAAUGUAAAGCGAGCACGUAAGCUACCAUCAGUGAGAAGUCAAGUCAUCUGACUAUAUGUCUAACAGGAUUUUAGGAUCAACAAGACAAACGAAGCCAAUGGUUUGAGAGAAAUGGUCAACUUCAAUUAAGGGAAUGUAAAGACAAGAGCCCUUGACAGCUGCAUGUUUGUGGCUUUUGUUGUACGGGAAAGAUCAGCCUUUGCCACAUACCGCAGGGAUUUACUGCAUAACGGUCAAUUAUGGGAUCAUCUAUAGUGCAUUCAGACUGGAAUAACUAAUGCAGGCCUAUUUGUUUGUUAUUUAUGUAAAACCCAACUGAGAUUAUCCCAACUGAGCUUAUUGAAAAUGAUCAGUGGCUAAAUGUCAUUCAAUAAACUGACUUGUAACCAUA